AUGUCGGACAAAACUUUAUCAUUUAAAGGAGAAUCAUGUCAUGAUGGGAAGAAAAGUGAAGAAAGGUUAACUGUCUUAUUAUGUUGCAACGUUGAUGGCUCAGAAAAAUUCACACCAUUAGUCACUGGAAGAUCGAGCAAACCGCGAUGUUUUAAGAAAGUUAAAAAGCUAUGCGACUAUAGUAGCAAUAAAACGGCGUGGAUGACAUCGAACAUUUUUUUGGAUUUCCUUCAUAAGUUUGAUAGAAAAAUGGAAAAAGAAAAACGAAAAGUUCUUUUAUUCAUGGAUCAAUGUCCUGCUCAUCCACAAGACUUACCGAAUUUCAAUAACACGAAAGUAGUCUUCUUUCCUGCAAAUUGCACUAGCAAAAUUCAACCCUUGGAUCUAAGCAUCACCCGUUGUGUAAAAGUACACUAUAGAAAAACUUUAACUCGUCGUCUUUUGGCUGCCAUGGAAACAAAACUUCAGGCAAAAGACGAGCUAAAGCAAAUCACUGUCCUUGAUGCAAUGCGCAUGAUGUGCUCAUCAUGGAGAAGCAUCACAGACAAGUGUAUUCACAACUGCUUUAAAAAAGCGGGAUUUCUGCUUCCAGAAGAAUCUGAUGGUGAGGAGGUAGAGCCCGAAAAUGAAAACAACAUUAGUGAUUGGAAUACUGUGUAUGGUGGAAUGGGUAAUUGUACUUUCAACGAAUUCGUUGACGCAGAUGAGCACUUAAUUACGGCUCAAAUACGAGAUAUUUGAGAAAUUGCAGCUGAAAUAAAUGGUGGCGACAAUGAUGAUGAGAUAGACGACAUUGAUGAAGAAUAUACCGCAAAAGUUCCCCCAACUCACACAGCCGCUUUACAGGCACUAGAAACUCUGCGUGAUUAUUUUCAAUUUCAUUCUGG